UCCUCUCCUCUCCUCUCCUCUCCUCCUCGUCUUCUAUCCUGUCUUCCUCCUCUCCUACUAUGUGAAUGUAGGUUACAGGGUUUAGCUGGCAGCCGGAAGCUGAGAUCAGCUGAUGGAGGAAGAGCUGAAAAAAAGGUGAGCCAUCUUCCCCCGGCAGACGGAUACGGACUCGGAGCUUUCGCGCAAGACCUACUAGAAAAACAAGGAGGAUGUCGGUGUCAUUCGAAGGCGACAGGCGGGUUUUAAAAGGCCAGGACAACCAGAGGAAACCGUGCAGGAAUUAGGAAGGAGCAGUUCUGACAGAGGAAUAUAGCAGCUGUUAACGUUCGACACAAAAGCCUCUAACAUCAUUAACAAAGGACGGAAAACCAGCAGGGAUUAAUAUCGAAAUAUGGAGCAGUUGUAAGCUGUUUAAAUACAGGAGGACGGCUACGCGACGACGCUUCCGGUCGCCGCAGUUCACGGAGUGCAGCAGAAGCCUAGCCUGUAAACAAACAGCUAGCUUUAGUUAGCCGACUUCUGGUUAGCACUCAGCUGCUAAUGUACACAGCUUAUGUACGGUAGCAGGACUGAAGUACAGAAAACCGACAUAAACGGAAACAAACUGCUGCCAACUAAAUUUAGUCUCAGUGUUGCUGUCUCGAGCGGCUGGUGUUUGUUUGUCUUUUCCAUGUUUGCAUUUAUUAUUGUAACAUUAGCGUGUAAGCUAACGCGUACAGUUAUUUUCUGUAGCUUCCCUUUGUAAUAAGAACUGAGCGUUAAACGCGACCCAGCAUCGGGCUGAUUUCGCCUGAACACGUCAUAUAUUUCAGUAAUUAGUCAUGACACUUGUGAUUGACAUGAACCGGGAUGUUUUCUGUUAGCACGGUGCAGCUGAUUGGAUGAAAGGAGAUGGGGAUGAAGGAAAACAACUUUCUGAUUCCCUGAGAGUGAAAUGAUAGCUCUGUCCCUGCUGAAGGUUGAAAAGCUUCCUGACGAGUAAGACAUCACGACUGCAGAGUGUGAACUGACAUCGCUGGUGUCAUGAAAUUGUUGGCCUUUUAAGGCAGGAGUUUUUGGUACAGUCAGCCAAACGUGGAGUGCAGUUAAAUGCAGCCUUGGUCUUUAGAUAGAAGGUAGGACUCUGACAUAUAGACACAUUGUCAGUGUAGUUUCUUAUUGUAAAUAAAUUUAAGUUUGAUCGCUCGAGCACAACUCGAUUAGUGUUUCUGUCAUGUAGCUAUGCUUGGGGCCAAGUGGUGAGCUGUCAGGCUGUGUUUUGGAUGCUCUUUCCCUGACCCUGAACCUGACCCCUCCAGAUCUGAACCGUCCUGGAGUUUGCUCCUCAGUCCUCUGGACUUUCUGUAGCGCGAAGCCACAGCCGUCUAGAUUCUAAAAUCAUCCAGAAAAGUUGAUGUGAUGGAACUGAUGUUUGCUGAGUGGGAGGAUGGGGAGAGGUUCUCCUUUGAAGACUCAGACAGGUUUGAGGAAGACUCCCUGUGCUCCUUCAUCUCCGAAGCCGAGAGCCUCUGCCAGAACUGGAGAGGAUGGAGGAAGCAGUCCGCCGGGCCCAACUCCCCGACCGUCAAGAUUAAAGACGGCCAGGUGACUCCCCUGGUGGAGUUAUCGGCGAAGCAGGUAGCUUUCCACAUCCCGUUCGAGGUGGUGGAGAAGGUGUACCCCCCAGUCCCGGAGCAGCUCCAGCUCCGUAUUGCCUUCUGGAGCUUCCCAGAGAACGAGGAGGACAUCAGGUUGUAUUCCUGCCUGGCUAAUGGCAGUCCAGAUGAGUUCCAGCGUGGAGAGCAGCUGUACAGGAUCAGAGCCGUCAAAGACCCUCUUCAGAUCGGCUUCCAUCUCAGCGCUACUGUAGUGUCCAGUCAGUCUGGUCAGUCUAAAGCAGCCUACAACGUGGCUGUCAUGUUUGACCGCUGCCGCAUCACUUCCUGCAGCUGUACGUGCGGCGCCGGGGCAAAAUGGUGUGCCCACGUUGUCGCUCUCUGCCUUUUCAGAAUACACAAUGCUUCAGCGGUCUGUCUGAGGGCUCCGGUGUCAGAGUCUUUAUCCAGGCUGCAGAGGGACCAGCUCCAAAAGUUUGCCCAGUACCUCAUUAGUGAGCUGCCUCAACAGAUCCUACCUACAGCCCAGCGUCUGCUGGACGAGUUGCUGUCUUCUCAGUCUACAGCCAUCAACACUGUGUGUGGAGCUCCAGAUCCGACAGCAGGGCCUUCAGCAUCUGAUCAGAGCACCUGGUAUCUGGACGAGUCGACCCUCAGCGAUAACAUUAAAAAGACUUUGCACAAGUUCUGUGGGCCCUCUCCUGUCGUGUUCAGUGAUGUGAACUCCAUGUACCUGUCCUCCACUGAGCCUCCGGCAGCUGCUGAGUGGGCGUGCCUGCUGCGCCCUCUGAGGGGCCGGGAGCCAGAGGGCAUCUGGAACCUUCUGUCCAUCGUCAGGGAAAUGUUUAAGAGGCGAGACAGCAACGCCGCGCCACUGCUGGAGAUCCUCACUGAACAGUGCCUUACCUAUGAGCAGAUCAUCAGCUGGUGGUACAGCGUCAGAACCUCGGCGUCCCACAGCAGCGCCAGCGGCCACACGGGGCGCAGCAACGGCCAAUCAGAGGUGGCGGCUCACGCCUGCGCCAGCAUGUGUGAUGAGAUGGUCGUCCUGUGGAGGCUGGCUGUGCUUGACCCCACCAUGAGCCCCACCAGGCGGUUGGAGCUGGCUAGUCAGCUGAAGCAGUGGCAUCUGAAAGUUAUAGAGAUCGUGAAACGAGGACAACAUCGAAAGUCGCUGGAUAAACUCUUCCAGGGCUUCAAGCCCGCUGUGGAAUCCUGCUACUUCAACUGGGAGGUGGCUUAUCCGCUGGAAGGCAUCACCUACUGCAGCGCAGACAAGAAGAACAGCCCGUUCUGCUGGCCCAGGGCCAUGCAGUUUCAGAGGGGGCUGAAGGCUGUGGGCGGCGAGCCUUCUGAAGGAGGAGCAGCGAGCAAAGCAGAGGGCGGAGUGGUGCUGGACUACAAAGGAAGGGGGACCGGCCAUUUCUCCCAGCAGGAGGUGGCUGUGAGACCAAAGGAGACUAUUCUGAGCAAACGGAAAGGUUUGUCACUGAGUGGAGGAGGAGGGAUGCUGGUCCGGCUGGGGGGGAGUGUCUCUCUGACUUUAGAGGACGGUGGGGGGAAGUGCAUGUAUAAAGGAGCUGCUUCCUCCUCGGGAGGCAAACUGAAGCUGACCCAGGGAGGAGGGAAGGUUCCGUCGGCUGGAGGUCCAGGGAGCAGCGGAGGGCUGGGAAGCGGUAAGCAUGCCAGCGCCAAACGCAGAACCAGCAGUGAGGACAGCUCUUUGGAACCUGACCUGGCUGACCUCAGUCUGGAUGACAGCUGUAACCUGGCUCUGGGAGCCGAGGCCUGCAACACCUUCGAGUUCCUCCCCGCCCCGGCGGAGGUGCUGCCCUCUCCCAGUCCGCUGCUCCGAGACUUGCCCAAAUACAGCAGAGGCAGCGGCGGUGGCGGGAGCAAGAGUUUUGACAUGAAGCAUGCGGGUCACGUCCCCGCGGCACUGACUGCUGCAGAGUCUGCUCCAGCCUGUUUUACUGCCAAAGAACACAUGGAGGUUGCUGUGGACACGGUGGAAGGGUUCACUGAGCCUAGCGGCAGAAGCGAAGACAUGCCGUCCAGCUGCACUGGAACAGCAAGACCUGGCAGCCCUCCAGCUUCUGCCAAGGCGCCAUGGGGCAACAGGGAGGCCGAACCUGCAGCUGCAGAAGCAGCAGGUGCAGCAGCAGGUGUAGCAGCAGUUAACCAGGGGGCGGAGGCUGCAGGUGGAGCUUCUGAAGGAGAAGCUCUGGCUGAGGAUGACUACCAGGCGUACUACCUGAGCGCUGCAUCAGAGGAGGGAGCCGACAAGCAGCUGGCCGACAGCCACCAGGAGGAAGAGCCAGACAUCUUUGCAGGAAUUAAACCUCUGGAGCAGGCAGGACGCAUGGAAGUGCUGUUUGCAUGUGCUGAAGCCUUGUAUGCUCAUGGCUACAGUAAUGAGGCAUGUCAGCUGGCUGUGGAGCUGGCCAGAGACCUGCUGGCUAACCCUCCUGACCUGAAGGUGGAGCAACCCCAGACCAAGGGCAAGAAGAGCAAGGUGUCGACCAGCCGUCAGACUCAGGUGGCCACCAACACUCUGUCCAAAGCUGCCUUCCUCCUCACAGUCCUCAGCGAGAGGCUGGAGCUCCACAACCUGGCUUUCAGCACCGGAAUGUUCUCUCUGGAGCUGCAGAGGCCGCCUGCUUCGACUAAAGCUCUGGAGGUGAAGCUGGCCUACCAGGAGUCUGAGGUGGUGGCGCUGUUGAAGAAGAUUCCCCUGGGCCUGGUGGAGAUGUCGGCCAUCAGAGAGCGAGCCGAGCAGCUCAGGGAUGGAAACCUCUGUGAUUACAGACCGGUGCUGCCGUUGAUGUUGGCCAGUUUCAUAUUUGAUGUUCUCUGCACCCCAGUUGUGUCCCCAACUGGUUCCCGUCCACCCAGUCGCAACCGAAACAAUGAGAUGCCCGGGGACGAAGAGCUGGGCUUUGAAGCUGCUGUAGCUGCUCUUGGUAUGAAGACGACAGUCAGCGAGGCAGAGCAUCCUUUGCUGUGUGAAGGAACUCGGCGGGUGAAGGGUGACCUGGCUUUAGCCCUCAUGAUCACCUACAAGGAUGACCAAAGCAAACUCAAGAAGAUCCUGGAUAAGCUGCUAGACAGGGAGAGCCAGACCCACAAGCCUCAGACUCUGAGCUCAUUCUACUCCAGCAAGCCAGCAGGGGGCAGUCAGCGCAGCCCGUCCAAACACACCACUGGGAGCCACAGCGGGAUUGGAGGCGCCACCGGAGGGGUCACCAAACAUGCCUUGUCAUCAUCCUCAUCCAACACCUUGGCCGCGUCUUCCUCCAGCUCUUCCUCUGCUGUGGCUCUGGCUGGGGAGGAAGUGACCUCACAGGUCGAGCUCAGCCUGCUGCAGAACAGCACAGCUGGAGAGAACGCUGCUGACACCAAGGAGCAUGUUUCAGAUGGAGCACAGUUAUCAAGUGAGCAGCAGAAUGAAACGGCGUCCUUCAAAUCGGAGGCCACAGUUCCCAGUCGACUGGCUCUAGGGGGGCGCUGCGGCUACAGCCAACGUUGCUGGGGCUCGCCUGUCCGCCAGAAGAAGAAACACACUGGCAUGGCGAGCAUAGACAGCAGUGCUCCUGAGACGACCUCAGACAGCUCCCCGACCCUCAGCCGGAGGCCGCUCCGGGGUGGAUGGGCGGCGGCGUCCUGGGCGCGCGGACAGGACAGCGACAGCAUCAGCAGCUCUUCAUCAGACUCGCUGGGCUCCUCCUCCUCCAGUGGUUCACGCAGGACUGGGGGCGGGGCUAGGGCCAAGAGCACUGACACCAGCAGGUAUAAGGGGCGCCGUCUGGAGUGUCAUGCCCCCCAUGUGCCCAACCAGCCCUCCGAGGCAGCAGCCCAUUUUUACUUUGAAUUGGCCAAGACGGUGCUGAUCAAAGCCGGAGGGAACUCCUCCACCUCCAUCUUCACCCAGCCCUCAGCCAGCGGCGGUCACCAGGGGCCACACAGGAACCUCCAUCUCUGUGCCUUCGAGAUUGGACUGUACGCUCUUGGCCUCCACAAUUUUGUUUCGCCCAACUGGCUGUCCAGGACCUACUCAUCUCAUGUCUCCUGGAUAACUGGCCAAGCGAUGGAGAUCGGCAGCGCAGCCCUGAAUAUUCUGGUGGAGUGCUGGGAUGGCCACCUGACUCCACCAGAGGUGGCGUCCCUGGCAGACCGGGCAUCACGGGCCAGGGACCCCAACAUGGUCCGGGCGGCUGCAGAGCUGGCGCUCAGCUGCCUGCCUCACGCUCACGCACUCAACCCCAAUGAGAUCCAGAGAGCCUUGGUUCAGUGCAAAGAACAGGACAACGUGAUGCUGGAGAAGGCCUGCAUGGCCGUAGAGGAGGCAGCGAAGGGCGGCGGCGUUUAUCCUGAGGUCCUGUUCGAGGUGGCCCAUCAGUGGUACUGGCUGUAUGAACAGUCAGUGGGUGGCGGUGCUGGCCAGCAGCGGGAGCCUGCAGGCCGCUGCGGGGCCAACGGGAGCUCUGGCCGGAGGCCCCCAGAUGCCUCCUGCAGUGUGCUGGACGGCGUAGCUAACAUGGACUCUUCGGGCGUGGGAGCGGUCACAGCUUCGGUCACUGCGGCGGCCAUCGUCCCCGUCAUCUCUGUGGGCUCCACCAUUUACCAGUCCCAUCCUAUUCCUGGCCAGGCCAUGUCCCACCCCCACAGUCAGGGGCUACACCCCUACACCACCAUCCAGGCACACCUUCCCUCCGUCUGCACCCCUCAGUACCUGGGACACCCUCUGCAGCAUGUACCCCGGCCUGCCGUCUUCCCUGUCACUGGGGCUUCAUAUCCGCAGGGGAUGCAUCCAGCUUUCAUCGGGGCCCAGUACCCCUUCUCAAUGGCUCCCGGCCCCCAGCCCUCUCUGUCCGCCGCGGCCGUCACCUUCCCAGCCGUCCCCGUGCCGUCCAUGACUCAGAUUGCCGUCCACCCGUACCACACCGAGACGGGCCUGCCCCUGAGCACCACCGUGGCAGUGGGCAGCGUCCACUCUGGCCCCACCAUUCAGGCCAUACAGGGGGCGUCUCUGCCCGCCGUCUCCCCCCAGCCCGCUCCGCUGGUGAGCGCCCCCUUCACAGCAGAAGAUGAGCAGCACAGCCAGCCAAUCAGCCAGCAGGGCCUGCACUACCUGCACUCAGCCUACAGAGUUGGCAUGCUGGCGCUGGAGAUGCUGGGCAGGAGGGCUCAUAACGACCAUCCCAACAACUUCUCCAGAAGUCCACCUUACACUGAAGAUGUAAAGUGGCUGCUGGGACUGGCUGCACGACUAGGAGUCAACUAUGUGUACCAGUUCUGUGUCGGAGCAGCCAAAGGUGUCCUCAGUCCAUUCGUCCUGCAGGAGAUCAUCAUGGAGGCUCUGCAGAGGCUGAAUCCUGCCCACAUCCACGCUCACCUCCGCACGCCUGCUUUCCACCAGCUGGUGCAGCGCUGCCAGCAGGCAUACCUACAGUACAUCCACCAUCGACUCAUCCACCUGACACCUGCAGACUAUGACGACUUCGUCAACAUCAUCCGCAGCGCCCGGGGGGCUUUUUGCCUCACGCCGGUGGGGAUGAUGCAGUUCAACGACGUGCUGCAGAAUCUCAAGAGAGGCAAACAGACCAAGGAGCUGUGGCAGCGCAUCUCGCUGGAGAUGGCCACAUUCUCCCCGUAAACAGCAGCACACAGCCUCCAGCUUUACUACUGCCACCCCACUGAGCCAGGCACAUCCCCCACAGGGCCCCACUCAGUCAGGGGCCCCCUUCCUUCUCUCCUGUGUGGCCUCAAGCUAAAGAGUCUGUAGCUGGCUCUGUGUCCCUCAUCCAUGGAUUCCCAGGUUGUGUUUGUUCACUCGGGUAUCAUCAGUGGAGAAGCCUGGUCGCCGUUUUGAUCCACCGCCAUAAACCUGUGUUUAACCACGAGCCACAGUGUACCCCCUUUUUUUUUUUUUUUGACUCGCUUAGACGUCUUGAUGUUGUUUCCAUUUCUAGUGUUUUUAAGAAUUUCUUUGCUCAGUUUAGUUUGGAUUGAAACAUUUGGUGAGGUUCUUCGUCAUGCUGCGACAUUCCAAUCCAGAGGGCGGAGUGAUGGUUGGCCUGUUUCUGUCCAUCUCAACCUCUAGCAGCGUGAGACAAGAAGAGAAGAAGCUAACUGUUUGUUCUGCGGAUGUUUUAGGGUUUUGUAUAAACUUUUUGAUAUUUUCUACUGACUGAGUGAUGCUUACAAACGGGACUGGGGGGAGGAUGAAGCUCAAACGCUGCUGUUGGUUGUCAUGACGAUCCAUAUUUACAUUUCUACUCCAGACCAAAACGGGACUCCAGUUGGCACUGUCCAACAGACGGACAAUCUGUACCGGGACUCAUCGGUCAUGCUGGGUGUCGCUGUAAAUUGUGAAGAAAAAGGAGGUGGGACUUUUUUGAAGGGUGGCAGCUUUAUUCGUUUUUAUUUCAUUACUCCUGAGGAAGUCGCCAAGAGCUUCCCCAAGCGGAACCAACAGGAUAGCGGCGACCCUGCAGAGUCAGUCGCAGCCGGCCACGCUGCCCUGAGAGCUCCUCAUCUUCCUGCCUCUGCUCACCGAUUCCCAUUUCCGAGUCACCAGGCUUCUUCGGAGCUCCGUGUUGAGCUUCCAAGGUAAUUCCUGUUUCCGGACCAGGUGUUCAAAAAGGGACCCAUCUAAGAGAUACUGGCCAGUGGAACUCCAGGACCAGGAUCAGGGAAUGCGGGAGAACGGCGUUCCUGUUGGGUGGAAACAUUGGAUCAGAUCCCCUUCUAGGACACACGGUGGCUCCGUCCCAUUGUUUAGACUUUUGCUUUCAAAGAUGCAACUUUAAAACUGAGCACUUUGCACAUAUGGGUCCCCUGUAGAUCUGUUUGAUUAAGACUUCAUUUAGGUGUUUGCCCCAGCGAACAUUGAGGCGUGAGCAUGGACUUCCCUGGACACCGUCCCUCAGUCGGACGAGGCAGCUUAUCCACAGGCCAGGAGUGCAGGAGGCUGGGGAGGGAGGCUCCGAUCCAGCUGUGCUGCAGCUCUGGAAACGACCCGCCUCCAUGACUCAUGUUAAGACAUGAUUGCCAGCACUUCACCACACCCGACUUGAGAGACAGGUGUUUUUAACUGGAGCACUUCUUCAGCUGGGUUGGCUCCACGGUGCUGUUAUCCUUUAGGAUACAUCGAUCCUCUCUGUCCAGACAGCUGUUGUCUUUCUGAACCAGUUCUGAGCCUCACAGGUGAAGGCGAGUGUAGAAAAUGUUCUGUGAUAUUUUUGUAUUUCUCAGAACUGUAGCUUAAUCCAUGGGUUCUAUAUAAACAUAUUGUAAAAGAUUCUAAUUUAGAGUAAAAAAAAAAAAGGAAAAAAAAAGAAA